GUUAAUUUAUUUUUCAUUAAUAGUAAUAGCAAGAAUUAAAUUAAGAAAUAGUGAAAUGAUGAACUCAGCAUUCUAUAACAAUUAAAUUAAUGAUUCUACAGAAAACCACCACCACAGCGUGUUAGAAGUUCUGAAAUAAAAGGGAAGAAAUAAAAUGAAAAUACUUAAAAGAAGACUAUUUUUCAUUUUAAUAGUGGAAAUUCUUGGGAUGAGUGGUAAAUUUUAAUAUAAAUAAGAUUCAUAUAGUCUAAAUAUUAGCAUUAUCAUUAAAAAAUUGGUAUUUGUUUUAACUUGAAGAAGAUGAAGAAAUAUGGAUUUAACUAAUUUAUAUUUAACGAUAUAUAGGAUAUUCACAGUUUUGCGAAAAAAUGAAUGUCACAAAUAACUUGUUAUGCAAAGAUUUGAAACUUGUUGGAUUAAUUUGUUUUUGUAUUAUUAUGUUUGCUAUCUUUGUUCAGGUAAAGAUUGAGAAUAUUCUGAUAGAUAUUAGAGGUAUUUCGUUUGAUUAUUUACUUAAAAAAAGGGAGUCCUCGUAUUUUAUGGAAAUUGAAAGGCAAACUACUUCAAGUAGUAUUUAUUUUAUUACUUUUAUGUGGAUACGCUGGGUAUUUAUUAACAAUCCUGUUUUUAUUUUAAUAUAAUCAAUGUAAAAAAUAUGAUUUAAUCAUAUUUAGAAAUAAAGUAUUUUGGAUUUUCAUAUUGGAUGGGUGCUGGAUCAAUUUUAGCAUAGAUUUUAAUUUCAUUUUAUUAUAGAAUAACUAAAGGAUCUUUAAGAAGAAAUAAUUCAGUACAUAAAUAUUUGCUUUAUGAUAAUGUUAAGCUAGAGUGCUCUAACACCACCAAAUGA